AUGCACUUGCGGCAGAGGGGCGAUGGCAACGUCAGAGAUGGCGGAGGAACGGUUGAGUACGUCUCGGAGGUGCUCAGCCCAUCGCCGUAGAAUUUGUCUACUCAGUGAUUAGGGUACUGCCAUCAGCGCUGAGGAAACAGGCAGUGUCUUUGGUUGGCGGACCAUAGACAACUGUGAUCGCGCAGAAGAAGUUAUUUCAUUUUUUAGGUUCCGCGUACCCUUGGAUCUCCUCAACCUUGCGAGCCGUCCAGGUAUCCUGCAUCUCGCGGAGCAGCCAUUGCACAAGCCAGCGAUUACAGUAUAAAGCAGCUCUGUUGUCGUCGGUGGGGCGGUCGACGUAGGCUUGUGCAGGCGGAUCUUCUCGGUGAACAGGUUGCUGAUGGUGACGUCGUUGUCGCCGAACCAGUCCUGAUGUUGGCGCCGUGCUCAACUAAGGGCGGCCAGCGCCGUCGACAGGACUGUGUCCCACAGUUGACGCCAUCGGUCCUCUAUGAAGGUGUUCUCGUCAGCGGCGGCGGUAGCGACGGCAUCAACGACUGGAACGUUUUCCAGCCGUUGAACAAGCUCGUUGCUAAAAUGGAGGUGGUAAGCAGGCAAAGACAACAAGGCAAUAUUCAGCUCGCCUGGGGGCGCUUACCUUGACGUAUCACGCGAGCCUGUUGACGAAUCCGCAUCUUCGAGAUGACGAGACGAUGGUCGGUCCAUCCGUCAACGCCCGAAAUCGCCUUUGUCGCCAGCACGUCCCACUAGUCUCGCCUCCGGACAAGGACAUAGUCUAGCAUGUGCCACUGACGCAACCGGUGAUGCAUCUAGAUGGCCUUCUCCCGUAUCUGGAGGCGGAGCAAGGUGUUCUUUCGGAUUAGUCGUUGUUCUGCGCGGGUUCGUAGAGGGAACAGACCAUUACCAUUGAAGCUAUUGAGACCAUAGAGACCUAGAACUCCUCUCCAGACCGCAAGGUUUGUGCCGACGAGGGAGCUGAAGUCAACAAGGGCAGCUAACUUGUGUGCCUUCGACACAGUCGCCAGGAGGGCGUGCAGGUCCUCGUAGAAUUUGGUCCUUGCGGCAUCGGGGCUAGUCAGGGGGGGGGGGUGCAGAAGCUGAGAAUAGCGGCAAAUUUCCAACCCGAAGAGGCAGGUGGAGGCUCAUCAGACGAUCGUUGAUGCUCUGCGGCAGACAGGACAGUGGUCUCACGAUGUCGUUCCGGAUGGCAAAGGUGACACCCGCGCCCCUUUUCUCUGCAUCUGGGCGACCGUUCAAGAAGACGGUGUAGCGGGCAGCCACCUUCUGGAGUUCACCUUGUUUGGAGAACCGGGUCUCGCUGAGUCCACCUUGUAG